AUUCAAACAGUGUGUUGUAAUAAAUUUCAAUUUACGGUAUAAAAUACCGGGCCUUUGAUUUGGUUUGUGUCAAAUAUUACAUUUUUCACAUUCAACAAAUUUCCGUCGAAUCGUGCAAGUGCUAAAUUAAAAGCGUGCCAACCAUUUCCGACAUGCACACCGCAAUCCUAGGAGUGCUUUUAUUGAUGGCGGGAGUAGCGUUGUGCGCUUCCCCAACGCAGAAGAAAUGCCUGGUGUUCGGACCUAUGACUUUACCCAAUGGGAAGGCAAUCCAGGGAACGCGCAAUGUGGGCGGCUGCACGUGCAAGGAGGCUUACAAGGAGGAGUUUGACCCACGAAUUGCGGACAAAGCGUUCCCGCAGUGCAAUGACGACGGGACAUGGCGACCGCGACAGAUGCAGUGGCGAUCGGCGUAUUGCGUGGAUAAGAACGGUAACCAGAUUACCGAAAAGCAAAUCGAGCGUCCUGGGGAGCUGAAAUGCGAUUAAGUUGCACGCCGUUCAUGAACCACUCCGUAGACCGAUCUAAUUUGAUGCCGUCUGCGGCAACUUCAGAAGAUAUCCUAAACAAUAUUUAAUGCAAUAACAUUGCUGAUCAGUGUGUUUAAAAAUUUGGAUGAGUCCUAAUUUGGUUGCUUAUUUUGAUUAUGGAUGCCGAAUGUUUACUCAAUAACAAUAAUUUUUUUCUGUUUGGGCGGUGGAGUUGGUGACAGCGCUACGAAAUUUCAUCCUGAAUACUGUUAAUGUUUCUUUAACAAACUGAAUGCGGCAGAACGGCUGCAUUUACUGCACCCUAAUGAUUUAUUAACGACCGUACUACGGUAUACAGUAUACACACAACAAGAAGAUUGCGUAACAUCGUGAAUCACAGUAAAAUGGGAAGU